AUGCUGUCCACCCCCGCCGCCCUUGUGCGGUCCAUCCUCGCCGGCCUGGUGCUCCUCGUCGCCACUGUGGAUGCAUACAGCGGUGUGGGCACGGCCUAUGGCCGCGACGGCGGCCGUGGCUCCGGGGCCUGCGGCAUCGGCGGCAACCUGGGCCACUGGGAGAACUAUUACGCCGCCAUGAAUGGCGCCCAGUACGGCGGGUCGUGCGGCAAGUGCCUCAAAGUGUGCGGCGCCGGCGGCUGCACCGUGGUCAUGGUCGUGGACAUGUGCCCCUCCCAGUACUGCGGCCACGGCUCGGUCGACAUGAGCAGCCGGGCGCUCAAGGAGAGCACCGGCUACGACUGGGACAGGAAGCCCAUCAGCUGGAGCUUUACCAGCUGCGGUGGCGGCGGCGGCGGCGGCGGCGGCAGCUCCUACUCCAACAGCGGCGGCAGCAGCAAGAAGCUGAAGAAGUGCCUGAAGAAGUGCAAGGGCGGCCGGAAGGGCAAGAGCUGCCGCAAGUACUGCAACAAGAAGUACUGA